GGAUACGGACGUGAGUAUCCGUAAGUUCACCGAGUUACCCACGUUGCUAGGUAAGAACGACGCGCGUAAAAUCGCACGGGACAAACCCCAACGGAAUCUGGACCCAACGUCGCGCACUGCAUACAAGUAUACAUAUAGCCAAGUGACAGUGGCUGGUGACUAUAAAGUAUCGACGGUUGCACUCGUUCUCCACGGAUCGGCCGCAUCCGUCACAAAGUGGUGCUCGCAAUCGACCUUGCCUUUAAAUCAGAUCGUCAUUCUCUGACCAUCGAUUUUACUUAAAUUGAAUUCCACUGGAUUUCGGAUCGAUGAACAGUCGCGACUCGCUGCGAUCACGGUUCGGUAAUUUAUAAUUCGUGCGCGACCAAUUUGACCCGUGAUUCAUUCAGGCAAAGUUCGUGAGUUGAAAAAUUGUUUCACCCUCGGGUGUCAAUCGCUCGCGCGUCGAGGCAUAGAUCUUCGUAGUCGACAAUACCUGUCAACUCUCGCGCCACGCAUGAAUCGAUGAUUGCGCAUCGGCGUUUCCGCGAUCCGUCUAGCUUGCGAAGCGCAUCUGCGGAUACCGGCACGUGCCUCAACGCAUAGAUAAUUCCACAUUGUGUCACAGUAAUCCUGUAACGCGUUACGAUAAUUAUGUGAUUUGUAUAUUCCUAAAAUAACACCCCUUGCGGUGUGACAGAGACUAAAGGAAGAUAGUGUUCUUAAACUGAGUUUAUUACGAUGAUGGACGUCUGGUGUAUGACCGUAUCGAAAAUGACAUUAUUAUUCACUGCGCUAUUAAUUACGUCUUUGGUGAAUGCUCAUAGCGAGCCUUGCCUCGAGUACGGAUGUCCAGGGCGGCCGCAGUACGAACCUUUUGUACCUGCACCUCCGGGGCAUACACCAAAUUGCGCAAAGCCAGGACAAACAUUUUGUGAAAGUCUCGAUCAUUAUCCACGACAGUUGAUUAAGUUUCUCGUGGACAAAUGUAACUUCAAUUUUAAUUCCGUGCUCAGGGAUGAAUCGAGGGACAAUUUCAAUGUAUACAGGUCGAUCCCGAAUUACUCUGAGGGAUAUGAUUAUCCUCCGGCGCAAGGCGAGGGCCAGUUUCACUCGUUACCGUUUCUACCGCCGCCGGCUCAGUAUCCCGUUCAAGGCCAGCCGGCACUCAUUUACGGGACUCUGCCCAACGACACUCAACAGAAUGGUUAUACAUACACGACACCGACCCAGAGGAAUCCGUUUUUGGGUGAUGGGACGACGCCCAUCAAAUACCAUUCUACGGAGCAACGGGUCGCACCGGAUCGUCCUUUCUACCCUCAACCGCAGACGUUGCACUCGUUUCAACAGGGUCACGAUUGGUGGGGAAACAGACCCUCACGGAAUGACAGAGUCGCACCGCGUUCUCUAUUUGAAAAUCCCUUAUUGAAAUACAGCAAACUGAGUAAGGAACGUAAGAAGAGGCAGUCCGAUACAAUACCUCUUUGUCCAACGGAGUCGCAGUACAUCACGCCAAGGGCAGCUCUGAACAAUCAAGGAAAUUGGAUGUACGUGGUGAACCUUUCGGAUCAGAAUCAGAAGUACUCGCAAGUAGUGAAGAGCGAAAGGUGCACAACCGACGUUUGCAAUGGUAUCUGUUCCGUUCCUGCGGGAUACACCAGCAGAUGUCAGCAGCAAUACGUGCAAAAGCGAUUGGUAGCGUUAGAAGGAAGCGGAAACCAGCUGUACACCGACGUGUUUUGGUUCCCUCACGGUUGUUCUUGUCAGAUCAUGGGAAAUUUUUGAAAAACUGAACUAAAUGAAAUCGGAAAGGAGAAUUGUUUAUAGACAAACUUGAAUCCAGUUCGUCUAUUAAUGAAUGAUGCAGUAUUACGGAAUCCUCACAGUUAAUUUCGUGGGUGGAUUCCCGGAAUGGGGACCGGAAGUAGUAUAAUGGCCAUGGCAUGGCAUUUAGUUCGGGGGAUGUAGAGUCCUACGAAACGCAUGAUUCAUUCGAAUGUGAAUAAGGAACGUAAUUGACAGAGAACCUAAAGAACACCGAUGAAGCUUCGCUAUGAUUACAGAGAAAGGUAAAUUCUCAGAAAUUCCUCAAACAUCUUUACUCGUACUUAAUUAGUCUUAUUUUAUAACUUCGUUCAAAACAGUUGACGCAGUUAAUUUACUAAAACUUACAUAGUCUGAAUAUUUAAAAAACAUACAAGUCUUCUCUAUACGAUGUAGGUAAACGAAUCCAAAUUAAUCGCUGUUCCCUUAUAGUAUUCUAAUCAUGAUUUGAGUAGCAAUAAAUUUUAAUAAUACAUACUAGAAGCUAAAAGAACUAUUAAAAAUAUAAAAAGGAAGUUCUUAUAGUAACAUACAUUAUUUUAUUUCUACGAUGGCUGUCACGACUAUUUUCAAAUCUUGAGUUCUUCAAAGCCUUCUUUAUUCGUCGUCGAAACGUGAUUUUUUUACUGGAUAUGAAUCACCUUCGCUCUGCUUGUAAACGAAGUGAAAUUCGAUCCAAAUUUUCAUGUUGCUUGUGACGAACGCAGCUGAGCACGCGGGUAUUACGCGAAAAAUGAUUCAUGACCGAUUGUAAUUGUUUAGCAAGAACGGAGUAUGAUACAAGUUAAGUUAUCGUGAAUCGCUACGACUUUGGGGCGAUAUAAUAAAAGUAUCUCGACGUGCGUCGUGAUAAAAAGGACCGAAAGGAGGAGGACGUAGAGUAGGCGUGCGAAGGGAUGUCAGGGGGUUGGAACCUUGCGGGGAAUGGGAAAUAACUGCCAGGAGGUCAGACACGCGCAGGAUGUGCGGAAUUUUCUCGCCGCGGGGCCACGCACACCCUUCCCGUCCUUUACGCGACUUUUUUUUACGACCGUUCGACUUUUCAACUCUCCCUGAUUCCACAGUUUUCCGUUUGUUCGAUCUGCGUAGCUUGAUUGAAAUCUCUGACUCGAGCAAACUAGCUCCAUCACUGACUAGGCUUGCGGAAAAAAAAUAUUACGAGUAAGGGAAAUUGGACGUUCCUGAUGGGAAUUGUAAAGAACAUGAAUGUUUUUUCGUUAGAAAAUAUUUAUUUUAAAAUACCUCCCAAAUCACAAAUUUCUCACUAUACUAUAACUAGCUAACUAUACUCUCUCUAACUCACAUAUAGUAUAGACAAAAUUAAUUUUCACUACCAAAGUUGGAGACUUGUAUGAAUCGUCCAUAGUGGAUUCUUCCCUCAAAGCUUUACAAAAUAAAAACGCCAUGUUUUUUGAUA